CGUUAGUUUUGAAUUGACAGUUCGCGGCGUCUCAACAGCUGUUCGACCAUUAUCUCAACCUCAAAGCACGGUUUUGAAAAGUUAAUGUAUUACACGUGUUUGCGUAACUUAUUGGGAAUUAGAAACAUAAUUUUUUAACAUUUAUUUCAACGAUGGAGGCAGAUGGAGGUGUCAAAGCUCCUGUAACUCGUUUACGGAGAAGAAUGUCCGUAGAACAGUCUGAAGAGAGCAAGUCGCCUGCACUUAACACUCCAACCAAGAAGAGAGGAGGAAGAAGAGCUGCUAAACCUGACUUAGACCUCAUUGAUGAAAAUAACCCAGACAACACUACAAAAACGACCACUAAAAAAGCACCAGUAAAAGAAAUUAUUGACUCUAUUGAUGAAAAACCUGUCACACCAUCAAGACGUAGCACAAGAAUAAAAUCAAACACAAGUAUUGUAUCAGACAUUGCUUUAGCAGUUGAUUCUCCUAGAGCCAAAAGGGCCAUAAGAAGAACUUCACAAAUUGGAAGUGAUACUGAAGCACCACCCACACCAGUUCGACAAACUCGUAGAACUAGAAAAGACUCUACUUCCAGCAUAGAAAAAGUUGAAAUUCAACCCAGUACUAAACCAACAAUACAAAUUAAUGAAAUUAUUCCUGAAGAACCAGAAAACAAUGCUAGGGAAUCUACAAAUAGUACUGAUACAAAUGAAAAAAAUACCUCUACAGGCAAUGUGCGUAAAAGUCCACGCCUUAAAGAAAAAAUGAAGCAAAACACCUCUGUUAUUGAAAAAGAGAGUAGUCAAGUUGGCCAUGAUGAACCAACUAUUGAAACCAAAAAUACUUCAUUAAAUAAAUCUUUGGAAACUUCAAUUCCUAAGGAAUCUGAGAGUAAAGAUGAAGAGACUGCUAAUAACAAGAUUUCUCAAAAAAAUAGGCAUUCCUUACUUACUUCUAAUUUACUAAAAAAUUUAAACACAGAAGCCAAGACUAACAAUGUACACCUUAAUAAAAGCACAUCAGCUUUGGAAACCAAACGCAAUGGUAAUAAAAAAAGAAACAGAACUAAGUCAUGGACUAUUGCAACUGUUGAAAAUGAAAAUAACUUUUACAGUGAUAAUGAAGGGUUAAGAAAAAAACAAAAUGAUGGAACUAAAAUUCCCAUAGUCCAAUUAAAUAAAUUUAAUUCAGGUGAUGGCUUAAAUACAAGCAUGGAUAAAGGCAAAGUUAACAAAUCUAAGAUUAAGGAAAAUGGUAACAGCUUUAUGGAAGGAGAUAUUGAUACAUCCAUGACAGAUGUGAUUAAUAAAAGUAUGAAUAAAAAAAACUAUGAAAAUAAACCAUUAUUAAAUCAAAGCAGCAAUGAAAAAAAAAAUCUGAAUAUAACAAACCAACUUUUUGAAACAGAACCAAGUUGUGACAUACAAACGAUUGUAUAUAUUGAUGAAGAUUCAGAUACUAAUUCUGUUAAAGUUGGUAUUCAAAAUAGACAUGAACAUGAAGAUCAAUGUGUUCCUGUAAUUCAACAUUCCGAUCAAUUAGAAAAAGAUAUUUCUCAAUUCUCUGUGAUGUCUCAAAAAAAUGAUUUAAUUAAAGCAAAUGUAUCCAAUGAUGCUAAUCUAAUGAAUGAUAGCUGCGAACCCAUGGAUGUUGAUGAAACAAUACCUGAAAGUUCAUUGAUACCUGAAAUAAAACCUAACAAAAUAUAUUCAAAUUCUCCUUCUGUGCUGUUAGAUAAAAGUGAAUCAAAAGAAAAACAACUUAACAAAUCUAAAAGAAAAUCAUCCAUAUUACUAAAUCUUAAUAAAAGUGAAAAUGAAAAUAAAAGUACUUUAAUAUUGUCACAACUCAAAGACAGUUCUUCAGGUGAUAUUAAUAAUGUUACAAAAUCUCCUCAAAUAAAACAAAGUUUGUUAUCAAAAACAACAGAUGAUUUAAAUGCGACCCAGGAAAAUGACAUUAAUAAGAGAAAUCUUUCACUUAAUUAUGUAACAACAAGCACACCUUUACAACAGAAAAAUUUGCAAAAACUUGGUAAUAUUAACACCUCCAUCAUUGCAAAUAAUGAUACAAAUAAUAUUAAAAGUAAAAUAAAUUUAUCUAAAAAUGACAAGACAUCUGAUAAUGUGGACAAUGAUAUUUCAUCUGAAGAAGAAACUAGCCAAAAUAAUAUUAAUGAAAUUUCUAAAAAUAAAUCAAAUUUAAAUAAUUCUUUGAACAAAACAGGGAAUAAUAAAGAGAAAUUAAUGAGUAAAAAUGAAAAAGAAAAAAUGACCAGCCCUGAUUCAAUUGAUUUGACAGAAGAGAAUAAAUCAAUCAACAAUAAAAGUAAUAAAAUGGAAAGCAAAAGUUCCAACUCUUCUAAAAAAUCAGUUAAUAAAUCUUUUCCAUCAACUGACUCUGAUGAUGAAAUGGCAUCAAAUGAUGAAUCACAAGAAUCUGUUAAUCUUAUAGAUGACGAAGCCGAAGAUGCCAGUGACUCCUAUGAAUCAGGUGACAGCCAAGACGAAAAUGAGCGCCAAUAUUUAAAAGAGAAUGAGAUAUUAGAAAAAGGAGAAACACUAACAUCCGAUGAUGACUUAUCUGACGAUUCUGACUAUGAAAAAGACUCAUUUGUAGUUAGUUCGGCUGAAGAAGAUAAUGAAUUAUUAGAUGGUACGGAAGAUGACCUAUCUAUGAGUGACAAUGAACUGAAAAUGACAAAAGAGUCAAAGAAAAAAUAUGAUGAACGCAAAAAGAAGGAACAGAAAAAGGCCUCCAGGGAAAUGUAUGAGUCUCGGCACAAAUUAAAUAUUUCAAAUAAAAGCUCUAGUUCUGAAGUAGGAAACUCCAAAAGACAUAAAAAACAACAACUAAGUUCUUCAGAAUCUGAAGAUGAAACAGAAGUAAAAUCAAAGAAAAAAAAUCACCGAAUGAGAUUGGAUUCCAGUCAUGAAGUGAGUUUGUGGGAAAAUGAAAAUGGGAAUAAAAUUUCAGAUAAAAAAAGAAAACGCCUAUCUGAAAGUUAUUGUGACGAUAAUGCUAUAAAUGAAAAGGAAAUAACUGUAUGCAAUGAGAGCUUAAAAGAAAUUGAUCCAUUAACUACUCACAUAAAAGAGGAACAAAAAACGCCAAAAAGAGCUGAUUCUUCUAUAGCAUUUAUUAAUACUGAAAAUGAUCUGAAUAUGGAAAGUGAAUUGACAAAAACUCAAACAGAAUUUCUAGAUCCAUUAGAAGAUUCUAUGGCUGAUGAAGAUUCUCUUAGUAGUGACAAUGAGAAUAUAAUACAAAAUUAUGAUUCAAUUCUUGAAGGCUUAAAUAAAACCAAUAAAACAAAAUCAAAGAAAUGUGAUAUUUCACUAAAUGUUGAUAAGAAAAAAGAUAAGAAAAAAAAUACUGCUAUAAUUGAUGAACUAAACUUAACUCAAAUUAAAUCUGCUAAAAAAGUAAGAAAUAAUAAGCAGAAGCAGAAAGAAAAUAAUACUUUGACAGAAAAUAAAAUUAUUAAACCAGAUAUAGACCGUGACUCAUCCCCUGAUUCAAUUGAUUUACAUUUGUUAUUUUCUGAAGAUAGCAAUAGCAGUGAGAACAUAGAGAAUAAAAAAAAUACUUCAAACACAGAAGAGUUUAUUCCCUUGAAGCGAAUUGAAGGUAAAACUGACAUAAGGGAAAAUACAGAUAUGAGCAACCAAGCUGAUAAAUUAAGUAAUCUUGAUAUUAGUUACAAUAAAAAAAAUAAGAAACAUAAAUCAGAAAGUGCUACUACUUCUGAUAACACAAAUGAAAACAAUGAAAGCUUCUUUAUUGAUACAGAGGGCGUCAUUGCACAAUGCAACAAUUCUUUAAAUAAAUCCAGCUCAAAGAAGAAUAAGAAGAAAUUAUCUCUUGUAAAUAAUGAUAAUCUGGAUGAAGACAAUGAUGAAAUAAAAGACAAAAAAGAUGUAAGCAUGGCUGUAAACGAAUCAGGAGCUAAUGAAAAUUCUGACUCUGAUGCUCCUAUGGAUGUGCCUUUUAAAAAAGAAAAUCGAUACUCUAAAAUACAAGAAAACCUUCAUGAAAAUGGAAAGGAUGAGACAGAUGGUGCUAGUAAUAAAUCAGUUACGAAAACUCCAAACAGUGAAAAAAAAAAGAAAAAGAAGUUGACUGAAUCACUAAACCUAGAACCAACAGUAAAUGAAACUGACUUGAAUGGUUCAUUGAGCAAGAAUAAAAAGAAAAAGGCUACUGAUGUGAUAAAUGAAGAAUCAACUCAAAAAGAUGUGCCUGAACAAGUUCUUGACGAAUCUAUAACUAAAACUCCUGGCAGUAAGAAGAAAAAACGUAUGUCACAGUCCGAAAUUCAUGAACAAGUUCCAAAUGCGGAAGAUGCUCCUACUGAUAAGUCCUUCAGUACACCAUCAAACAUUUUAAAGAAAAAGAAGCAGCUCUUAUACUCUCCUGAAAGUGUUCAAAUAGAGUCGAAAGAGGAAUUGUCAUUGGAUGUAUCUAAAAUCAAAACACCAGGAAGCCAGAAGAAGAAAAAAUUGUCAUUAAAAUCUCAGGAUUGUGAACAAUCAGGAGAUUUACAUGAGACAAAACUCAAUAUUUCAAAAAUAAAAACACCAGGCAGCCAAAAGAAGAAGAAUGUGACAGUAUCAGAAAAUGAAAAAGAAGAUUUUAAUAUUAUGACUCCGGGCAGUGCAGAGUCUAAAAAAACAAACUCUCUCUCUUCAACUGUAGAAAGCAACUUAUUGAUGACAGCAGAAGAACUUAAUGAAAGUAAGAAUACAAAGAAACGUAAACGGAAAUCAUCUCAAACUACACCUGAAGACACUGUUCUUGAAGAUAAACUUAAUACUCCAAAGAAAUUAAAUGAAUCCUUAGUUGGUAGUCAAAAGAAAAAGAGGAAGAUUUCGCAAAAUGAAGAAACUGUUACAAAUGCGGAACCAAUACUUAACGAAAACCUAGGACAAUCAAAUGUUGGUAAAAAGAAAAAAUUGAAAAAUGAAACUCACCCAAAUGUUCCAAAUACUACUACAGAAGUUAAAAGAAAUAAACGUAAAUUAAGAGAUGAUGACGAAGGAAAUCAGAUUGCCAAGGUUGCCAAAGAAAACUCAUUUGAUACAGUACAUGUUCCACGCUUGCCUACUAGCAUCUUAAAGCAAUUGGAUGAUAAACCUAAACAAUUAUCGACUGGUAAAAAGCUUAAAUUAGUUUCAACAACUCAAUUCUCAGUAGCCGAGGCAAGAAGACGGAGAAACAAGCCUUCUAAUUAUUUAGAAGAGAGUGUUUACAUUAAUGACGACGAAUAUGAAAACAAAAAACAAAAGAAAGUCCUUCCAAAACCAAAAGUUUUACCUUUUGUACCUACUGUUUUGACAUCAGCAAGUGGUUAUACAACAAACUUUAAAGUCAAUGUAAUACCUACUGAAAUGAAAUUUGUUGCCCAAUCAAAUACAAUCAGUAACUUUAAAGAAGACUUUUUGUUCAAUAAAAAUAUUAGAAGGCAUGGUACAUAUGAAUUAUAUAAAAGAAAAAGAAACAUUAAAAUAUCCAAAUUCUAAUAAAAAUGUAAAUUUAGGGGAACACAAACCUUAUUCCGCUUGACUUAAAAAGCUUAACAAAUACACUCAGUGCCUAAAAUAUAAGAUAGACUGCUUAAUAGUAAAUCGUUUAGAAAAGGUGAUACUUUCAAUAAUAAUGCAUUCUAUUUUAUUGUUACUCUUACUUUUAGUUUUAUAUCUUUUCUUCGACUAUGUCGUCUGUAAUAAACUUAUAAAUUUCCUGCUUCUGUUGUUAAUGUGUGAAUGUUAUGGUCUUUUAGAUUAUAAAAAUUAGGUAUUACAUUAUUUGAAUGUUUUUGUAGCAUUAGUUUUUUUUACUUGUUACUAUUAUGUUUACUGACAUUUCUUUGUUUCACAUUGUAUUAAGACUAUUAAUUUUAGAUAUUAAUGAUCAUUUAUAAUUCCCGCCAUAACUUGUUUCGUUGUAUUUCAUGUUAUUCUAGAUAGCGCUGGACCCUGUAUUAAAAUUGGUAUCGCCCAUGUGCCGUGUUUUCGAUUAAAUAUUAAUUUUAAA